AUGAGUCGGCUGGGCGAAGAACUUGCGGGUGUCUACUCGCGUCUUGAGGCUGAAGGCCUUCGCCUGGCGGAUGAGUGGCGUAAGCUGAGGGUGGCCGUCAACCUGGGCCGCUACCAGCGUGACCAUGACAAUGCGAAGGCCGAGGUGGAGGUGUGCAGAGCCGCCCUUGCGUCGUUGAGGGGGACGCGAGUAGAACAAGAGGAGGUCCGGAGGCGUCAGGAGGCGCUGGCUCUGGAAGCCGUGGAGCGCAGCAUUGAGCUCGAACACCUGGAGCCAAGAGAGCGUCAAGUUGCUCAGGCCGAAGAUGCCAUCGGGGCUCGCGAGGCCAAGGUCCAGGAGGAAGUCGAUCGUCAGGUGGCUCGGGUUCGCGCGGAUCUUGAAGGUCGGUACGACUUGAAGUUGAAGCUCGCGGGAACAGAGGAUGCGGGCAGGGCCGCCGCCCUCAGGCCCAGGCUCGCUAAAGCAGAGAGGCGCGUGGAGGCCUCAGCCGUCGCCCUGGCCGCUGCGCUGGCGGACUUGGCCUCCGCCCGCGCCGAGCUACUUUUGCUUCAGAAACGGGUUGAUGACGCUGAGGCCUUCGCGCGGCAAAACAGGGAGGAAGUGCUAGAGAGGCGGACGCUGGAGCGCGUUCACGCUCCCAUGCUUCAAGAUCUUCGGAACAAGGGCCAACACUUCCCUGGGCCAUGUCUGUGA